AUGAGUCAAGCUCCACAUCCAUUUACACAAGCAGCUAGUCAAGGUUAUGGUGAUUAUCCAUCAACAUUAGAUGAUGAAGAUCAAGAUGAUAUUAAUGCAAUUGAUGAAGAAGAACACCAACAUCUAGAAGAUGAUGAAGAAUUAGAAGGACCACAAUCACCUGAACCUGAAGAACAAGAAAUAAAUGAAUUUGGUUUUACUCAAACUCAAGAACGUUCAUAUCCAACCGGUAUUGAAUCUCCUGAUGAAGAUGAGAAUGAGGAACAAAAUGAAACAUCUGAUAAUGAACACGAACAAGAACAAGAAGAUGAUAAUGAAGAAAUAGGACCAAGUUCACCAGUAGCUGAUGAUUCAAAUCAACAACAUGAAGUAGUAGAAGAAGAAGAAGAAGUAGAAGAAGUAGAAGACGAAAAGAACGAUGAUGAAGAUCAUGACACAAAUAGAAAACAACAACAACAACAAUCUCAAUCACAUCAACGUCGUCGAGCACACAUUAUGGAUGAUUCCGAUGAUGAAGAAGAACAACGAUCUGAAUCAACUAGUGUUGUUAGUAAAGAAAAAAAUCGUAAUUUUCUUAAACAAUUUACAAUGAAAAAUGAUGAUGAUAAUUCACAUAAAAAACAUAAAAAACGUCAUAGUGAUGAACAUCAACAUCGUCAUGAUAGUAAAUCUAAACGUUUUCGAAAAACUUCCAAUGAUGAAGAUGAUGAUCAUGAUGAUAAUACUACUGAAAAGCCACGAAAAAGAACUACAGACAUUGUUGAAGCUACAUCUGAUGUUGAAGAUGUUGUUGAUGAUAUAUUUGGAAAAGAUGUUAAUGAUAAUGAAGAAGGAGGUGAUGAUCGAGAAGAAGUUGCUGCUGAAUUAGCAGAACUUAAUGAUGAUGAAGUAGUACAAGGAGAAGAAGAAGAAGAAGAAGAAGAAGAAGAACGGGAACAAGAUGCUGAACAACAACAACAACAACAACAAACUUUUGAUACUGAAGAAAAUGAAGAUGAAGACACAUCAACACGUAAAACAAAUCAGUCUAUGUCAAAAAAUAAUAUGGGUUAUGAUAUCGAUUUAUAUUUGGAAAAAAAAGCUGAAAAACGUCGUGGAAAUCGACGUCGUGGUGAUAAAAAAGGUGAUAUAGAUUUAGCUGGUCCCGAUGGUGAUGAACUUGUAUCAAAAUUAAUUGAUCAAAUGAAAAUAGCUACUGAAGAAGAUCGAAUAUUUAAUAAAAGUCGACAACCAGCUACAGCUAAACUUCUUUUAUUACCAACUAUUGAACAACAUUUAUGUCGAGCUGAUUUAACUGAUACAUUUCUUGAAAAUGGAAUAUUAAAUGUUCUUAAAGAUUGGCUUAGUCCUCUACCGGAUAAAAGUUUACCUAAUAUAAAAAUUCGAGAAUCACUUAUUAAAAUUCUUCAACAAUUUGGAGUGAUUGAUGGUGAUCGUUUACGUGAUAGUGGUAUUGGAAAAGCUCUUAUGUAUUUAUAUAAACAUCCACGUGAAACAAAAGAUAACAAAAUAAAAUUAAUCAAAAUUAUUCAUGAUUGGGCACGACCGAUAUUUAAUUUAGAUACAGAUUAUAAACUUUUAACACGUGAAGAACGACAACAACGUGAUGUUGAUCAAGCUUCAUUUAAACGACAAACUUCAUUAACAGGAAAACCAAAAAAUCGAAGUGCUGAUGUAGAUUUACCUUUUGCCAGUGAUAGACGACAAGAUGAUGAUGAAUUAAAUAAAGAUGAUGAUUGUCCACGAGCUCGUGUUCCACGGCCAUCAAAUAAAGAUUAUGUUGUACGUCCGAUAUCGGCUGUUGAAUAUUCAGAAAAAAAGGGUGAUGGUAAAAAGAGAACAAUAUCACGUUUAGAUAAAAUCAAACGACAACAACAAGAUCGAAAACGAAAUUCAAAACCAAUGUCUAUUGUUAAACUUAGUAUUGAAGGAAAUAAAAUGCAUUUGUAA